UCUAAGGGAUGCUUUGCCAACACAACACAAUGUCCUCUGGCCAAAGGGUCAGCCCCUCGUCUCCUGUUGUCACAGGUCCAAGUGUCAGUGAGCCUCCGGGCCCCUGCAGAGUGUCUGCUCACCCAGCCCCUGCUGCAGAUUUGGACCUGAAAUCCUCCGGCUCGCAUUCUGAUCACUCCUCUGAAACCUCACUGCCUGAAAUCCAAAAGGAUAAAUACCUCAAGGAGUGUAGCCUGCUAAAGCCGCAGACAAAAGACGGGCAGCGUCCAGAGUGGACAUUUUACCCGAGGCUUAGCAGCAACAUCCACACCUACCACAUCGGGAAGCAGUGCUUCUUCCAGGGCGUCUUCCUCGGCAACAGGAGGUCUCUGGCAGAGAGGACGGUGGACAAGUGCCUCGGGAGGAAGAAAUAUGAUAUUGAUCCCAGGAAUGGAAUCCCAACGUUAACUCCAGGAGAUAAUCCAUAUAUGUACCCAGAACAGAGUAAGGACUUCUACAAAGUAGGAGCAACUCUCCCACCAGUGAAUUUUUCAUUAGUGCCUUAUGAAAAGAAACUUGAUACAUUUAUUCCACUUGAGCCUCUUCCACCAAUUCCCAACUUGCCUUUCUGGGUAAAGGAGAAGGCCAACAUGCUGAAGAAUGAGAUAAGAGAAGUUAAGGAGCUGGACAGUUGGCAGUCAUCGAUCCCUUUGAUACAGAGUUUGUACUCUACUGAGUUGGCUGCAGUUGAUUCCCGUGGGCUCCGGAGUGACUCAACAUCUUCCUACAGUGGAAACUAAGGACCAAAUUUCUUAAGAACUAUGUACUAGGUAUCUCUUCUACUUUAAUCUCUCUCAGGUUCCAAGGCCUCCUGACCCAAAGCCCUCUUCUUGAGUUUCCGGUUCAUCACCAUCGACCAGAAGACUAUAUUUGUUCUAAUCAAGACUUGGAAGGGAAACAAGUUGGAACCCUCCUGGAAAGGAUCCUACCUGUCUUGCUUACCACAGAGACUGCUGUUUGGACUGUAGAGUGAGGUUGGACCCAUCACACACGGGUUAAGGGCGAACACAACUCAACUUGAACGGCCAUACCAGGACAUAUCCCCUUGAAACUGAUUCUAAAAACUGUGAGCUGUCUUAAUAACCAUCAUGUACUGAGUUCUAUUUGCUUUAGGGAUCUGGCAAAUUGCAGGGGCUUACAAUGUGGGCUGGAGAAAGGUGUACAAUCUGAAUCGUGCUUACCCAGUUAAAUUAAUGGUUAUAGGUAACUUGAAUGACUUGAAUAUUUCAGCUCUUAGGUCAAAAGAUUGGCUAGGACUAGACUUAGGAAUAGAUGUCACAGGACAAGACCCCCUAGACCAGUGGUCGGCAAACUGUGGCUUGCGAGCCACAUGUG